UGUAAGCGUGUUACAAUCAAUGUGUUUUUGUAUGUCAAAAUGGCUUCUGCUCUUCCUCCCCGUAUUUUGAGAAAUGACCACCAAAAAACCCAGAAAGAUCGACCGUCUCUGGAUACCUUGCAACAAAUGGGUUUUACAAAACAAAGGGCGGAGAAGGCCCUUGCAGCAACAGGUGACCGAGGAGUGCAGUUGGCGUCAGACUGGUUAUUGUCUCAUGUGAAUGAUGUCACGCUGGACCAGAAUAUUCCCCGGGAGUAUGUCCUCUAUCUGUGCCCAGUCGGUCUGCUACAGCAUGAGCUCUCCAACUUCUGGGAGAAGUCACUGUCUACAACAGGAUGGAAUGGAGCACAUGCCUACUUCCCCAUAGUAUGUGAUAACUUCCCCCAUAUAACCCUCACCAACAUGUUCAAGGUAUGUGAUAACUUCCCGCAUAUAACCCUCACCAACAUGUUCAAGGUAUGUGAUAAGUUCCCCCAUAUAACCCUCACCAACAUGUUCAAGGUAUGUGAUAAGUUCCCCCAUAUAACCCUCACCAACAUGUUCAAGGUAUGUGAUAAGUUCCCCCAUAUAACCCUCACCAACAUGUUCAAGGUAUGUGAUAACUUCCCCCAUAUAACCCUCACCAACAUGUUCAAGGUAUGUGAUAAGUUCCCCCAUAUAACCCUCACCAACAUGUUCAAGGUAUGUGAUAAGUUCCCCCAUAUAACCCUCACCAACAUGUUCAAGAUAACCCUCACCAACAUGUUCAAGGUAUGUGAUAAGUUCCCCCAUAUAACCCUCACCAACAUGUUCAAGGUAUGUGAUAAGUUCCCCCAUAUAACCCUCACCAACAUGUUCAAGGCUGAAGACAACCAGGUGUCCUAUCUAACCAAAUGUCUGUCGAAGCUGGAAGACAGGCUGAACAAAGCUCCAGGAAAACUCACCCUGGAUUUCUUUGCCCAGAAGAGUUUUAUCGGCCUGUUUGUUAGUGGGCCGUACUUCCAGUAUCUACAGGACACUGUCACCCAGUUCUCCGAGGAAGUCAGAAAGGCUGGCAUCAUAGUUGGGGAGAACAAGAAGCAGUUGCACCUGUCUCUGUCGUACCAGUACCAGGACGAGAACCAUGAAGUCCUGCUGAAGAAGGCCAAGGAGAUGAACUUGUCAGCGUCGGUACGCUGGGAUGUCCGCUUGUACUCUCGAGACCCUCGAGUUGGACAGAGCGAGGUCCGCAAGGUGUUGAAGGCAUACACGACUCAGUUGACUGAUGAACUGGAACUCAUCGAUCAGGACUUUGUGUUCAUGGACCCAGAGGAAGUAAGUCGGAGCAAGGAUGGAUGGUACAAGGGCACUUCCUGGCUGACAGGGAACACAGGGAUGUUCCCGGGGGUGUUCACGUCACGCACAGCUGAAACCUGGACAUGGACUCUGCAUCGGUCGUUGCCUUUGCGUGAACAUCAUCCAAAGAGUGGCCAGACAGCAUCGGCAGUGACAGCCAACGGUUCAGCCGAGGAGGACUAUGACAAUCUCUGGCAGGAAGAAAACAAUGAUGACAUGUAUGCAAAGGUGAUCAAGAACAAGAAGCAGAAGGAUGUUGCAGCCCAGCACAAGAGUCCCCGGAAGCUGUUUAUCAUGCGCCAUGGAAGAUGACUUAUCAUGCGGCAUGGAGAGAGAUGUGACUUUGUGUUUGGCAGAGACUGGUGUGACAAGUGCUAUGAUGAAGUGGGUAACUACAAACGAGUUAACCUCAACCUCCCUAGGACAAUGAUGACCCGAAACACCUACCUGGAGUACAUCAAAGACUGCCCACUGACAGAGAUUGGAAAGGUGCAAGCACACCUUACAGGGGAUGCACUGAAGACAGCAUCUGUACCUAUCUCAUAUGUGUACUCCUCUCCCGCGCUCAGGUGUGUACAGACAGCCUCGGAAGUCGCUAAAGCUCUUGGCGUGACUGGUAAGAUCUGCAUUGAGCCAGUGUUGUUUGAGUGGCUCGGAUGGUACAACCCUGUUAUACCCAAGUGGAUGAGUCCUGCAGACCUGGCCAAGAAUGGUUUCAACAUCGACACUUCACAUGUACCAUUCAUGGACAUUAAGAACUUGAACGUGGAGGAGAGUGUUGAUGAGUUCUACACACGGAAUGCUAACUUCGUCAAGUAUAUUCUCCGCAAACAUGAACCUGAAGGUGGGAAUGUGCUGGUGGUCGGACAUGCAGGAUCCCUGGACGUGUGUUCCAGACAGCUGUGUGGGAGGCCUGUCCGGAAAGCCUCCGAGUUCCACCAGCUGUUGUCAGGGGUGGCAUAUUGUGCAGUUGCUAUGUGUGAAGAGAAUCCAGUCAGCAAAGUGUGGGAGCUGAAAGAACCAUCGGUUGUACCACUGUGUCAUGGAACAAACAAACUGUACAGCUGGAAACUCAUACAGUGAUACACAGACAUACAGUGAUACAUAAGUUCAGACAUAGUGAUACACUGAUACAUAGGUUCAGACAUAGUGAUACAUUGAUACAUAGGUUCAGACAUACAGUGAUACACUGAUACAUAGGUACAGACAUAGUGAUACACUGAUACAUAGGUUCAGACAUACAGUGAUACGCUGAUGCAUAGGUUCAGACAUAGUGAUACAUUGAUACAUAGGUUCAGACAUACAGUGAUACACUGAUACAUAGGUACAGACAUAGUGAUACACUGAUACAUAGGUUCAGACAUACAGAUACAUACAGAC